GACUUGGUGCUGCCUUGCUGGGUGAGGAUCGCCGAUCGCAGCAACAAGGUGUCGGAGCGCUUCAAGGCUAUCGAUUCCAUGACGUCGGACGUGUGGAUCGACAAGCUAGUGACUGAGCUCGAGAGCAUGACGGUCUACGAGGCAGAGUACGAGAUCGACCAUGCGUGGGGCAGUCUGCGCUUAUCCAAGAUUGUUGGCCUCAAGAGGUUGGGCAUUCUCUGGGAGCCAUCGAUGACGAAACCUUUGAGCUUCGCAGCAGCCGCGGUCGACGCCGACAAG